ACAAAACACGUUUGUUGACGCACGAUUGACAAAAUUGCACGCUGCACGCCGUCAAAAUGGCUGCUAAGAAGACUUUCAAAAUUAAGCAAAAACUCGCCAAAAAGCUGAAGCAGAACAGGCCUAUUCCUCAGUGGAUCCGCAUGCGAACUGGAAAUACCAUAAGGUAUAAUGCCAAAAGACGUCACUGGAGGAGAACCAAGUUGAAGUUGUAAAUCACUGUAAAUCUAAUUUUUCUAUUACUCUUAUUUUUUAUUAAAAAAAAUCAUCAUCCAAAAUUGUUAACCGUUCUGAACUUCAAAACCUACUGUUUUUUAUGCAUACAAAUAGAUGAUAAGCUUCAUUUUCUUUAAAUAAAUAAAAUGAGGAUUUAUUUACCUUUUAUUGUUCUCGCAGAA